AUGCUUUCCAUCGAGGCAUAUCCGAAUAAAAAUUAUUCGGAUGAGUGGAAGGGAAGAGGAGAGGGGAGAGAGGGGGUGAGAGAGGGGAGGAGGGGAGGAGGGGAGGAGAGUGAGAGAGGGAGGAGAGUGAGAGAGGGAGGGAGUGAGAGAGGGAGGAGAGUGAGAGAGGGAGGAGAGUGA